AUGUACCUUUUUGUACUCUGUAAAGACUCAUUGAAACUUUCCUCCAUCCGGACUAUAUUUCGCGGGCUUUCUGGAUCGAAUAGCACAGCUCCUCGUUACACAGCAGAUGUUCAUACGAAUCUUUCUAGAAACGCCUAUUUUGGCGUUGUUGGUGAUAAGGUGAUCUCGCAGUUUGAAAGUCUCCUAAAUACCUCUGGAUAUCGUGAGGCUGUACUUACUGAUCCGGAAGACAUUCAACCCUUCAACAUUGAUUGGACUCGAAAAUUCCGAGGUAAUUGUCGCACAUUUUUUUAUAUUGUUUCCUUUUAG